GUUCACCGUCCAGGCCCAACUAUCCCUCUUCUUGUUGUGACUUGACAACAACUACCCGACUCGUUCGGUGUGUCUGCCAACUGACUCCAUCCCUCGCUGCGCUGACGGGAUUAUACCGACUUCCACUUUGCUUUUUUGCCCCAUAGACGUUGCUCAACUUCCCAUUCUCCCUACAACCCCCUCAUAUCUCCACCAUGUCGUCACGGAAGAAGGUCUUGUUGAAGGUGAUUAUUUUGGGUGAUAGCGGCGUCGGUAAGACGAGUUUGAUGAACCAAUAUGUCAACAAAAAGUUCAGCGCAAGCUACAAGGCAACGAUCGGGGCCGACUUUCUCACAAAGGAGGUCCUGGUGGAUGAUCGGCUAGUGACAAUGCAGAUCUGGGACACCGCGGGCCAAGAGCGAUUCCAAUCGUUAGGCGUUGCAUUCUACAGAGGUGCCGACUGCUGUGUUCUGGUAUACGAUGUCAACAAUUCGAAGAGUUUCGAAGCCCUUGACAGCUGGCGCGACGAGUUCCUUAUCCAGGCUAGCCCUCGGGAUCCUGAGAGCUUUCCUUUUGUUGUGAUUGGUAACAAGAUUGAUGUGGAGGAAAGCAAGCGCAUGAUCUCGUCGAAACGGGCUAUGACGUUCUGCCAGUCGAAGGGAAACAUCCCUUACUUCGAGACGAGUGCCAAGGAAGCCGUCAAUGUUGAGCAGGCCUUUGAAGUCAUUGCUCGGAGUGCCCUGGCGCAAGAAGAGGCAGAGGAGUUCAGUGGAGAAUUCAGCGACCCGAUCAACAUCCACCUUGAUGGUGAGCGUGACGGGUGUGCUUGUUAAUAUCCUCCUGCUAGACAUGCCUUGCGAACAAUUUACAUCCCAGCCUUAAGAACGCUCCAUUCUUGCUGUAUGCGUUUCCGACCCCUCCCGUUUCUUGCCUGUUAGAGAACAACAGACUCGCAUGAACUGCGAGCUUGGAAGAGCGUAGGUGCUCUUGAGAGAACACCUACGCUAUACAGUUAUGGAGCCCUCAUGUGUCACGCUCCUUGCCUUGUGUUUGUCUGCCAAUUCGCAUGCGAUAUCCGUUGAUGGUCUUGUUCUUUCUGCCUAAUGCUUCUUUUUUCCUGUACGAAGGCACCAUCAUGUUUUGUAGGAGUCUGGAAUAUCAUCGUUUAUCUGCCAC